AUGGACGCGAUCCUUCUGGCUAUGGCCCUUCCCGGCUUUGCCUGCCAGCGGUCACCAUUGGAGAUGAUUCGAGGACGACCUUGCUCUGGCGCGUCCAAAACCUUGAAGGCCCUCUCCGUCGUCUUCAACUGCAGCGUGAGUUUGGCUUAUCUAGGGCUUGGUUUCUGGACGCUAGCUGGAGAGCUUGCAUGGGAAGGGGAAACGUCUCUGCUCCAUAGUUGGCUCGUUUCCCUCGCACAGGGAUUUACAUGGUCCUUCGUGACGCUGACGCUGACCUUGCAGAGCAGACGGCUCAAGAAGUCCUUCCUGAGGUUGUGGUCGGGAUCGGCAUGCUUGUUGGCCGGAUUUCUCUGUAUUACUUCCGUUCUGGAAGCAAUCUACGACGGAGAAGCGUCGCCGGUGAGGACUUCUCUGGACGUUAUGACCCUGCCAGGGGCCAUUCUGCUCGUAAUCUGCGUCUUCGUGGGAUACGAAGAUGCAGAGGCCAAUCAAGACGAGGGCGGCACACUGCGUGCGCCUCUGCUCGGAGAUGGAGAAGAUCACAAGGCAGAUUCCAGCGGGAACGUCACGUUGUUGUCCAACGCUGGGUUUCUGAGCAAGAUGACGUUUUGGUGGUUGAAUCCUUUGAUAAAGAAGGGGAACGAGAAGGCUCUCGAAGAGAAGGACAUGCCGGGCCUGCGCAGGGAAGAUCGGGCAGAAACUCGCCAUGAUUUGCUUCUGGAGCAACUGAACGGGAAGAAGCCCGCUCCCUCCAUGGUGAGGACCAUUUUCUACUGCCAUCGGAGGGAGAUCUUCAUCAGCGGGGUCUUCGCUUUGCUCAAGGUUCUUACCCUCUCUGCCGGCCCGAUUUUUCUCAACUCCUUCAUCAAGGUGGCCGAGGGAGAAGAGGCGUUCCCCUAUGAAGGCUACGUACUGGCUGCCGCCAUGUUCUUCUCCAAAUGCUUAGAAUCCUUGUCUCAGAGGCAGUGGUACUUCCGCAGCAGGUUGGUAGGGCUCCAACUGAGAUCCAUGCUGUCGGCGGCGAUCUACCGGAAGCAACUGAGGUUGUCGAAUUCUGCAAAACUAGUGCAUUCCUCUGGGGAGAUUAUGAACUAUCUCACUGUGGACGCUUACAGAAUAGGCGAAUUCCCUUUCUGGUUGCAUCAGGCAUGGACGACCAGCCUCCAGCUGUGUAUCGCGUUGGUGAUCGUCUACCAAGCUGUGGGACUCGCGACCGUGUCGGCCAUGGCUGUGAUAGUGCUCACGGUCCUCUGCAACGCCCCGGUCGCCAAGCUUCAGCACAGGUUUCAGUCGAAAUUGAUGGAAGCCCAGGAUGUGAGGCUGAAAGCCAUGACGGAGGCGCUGGUGAAUAUGAAGGUUCUAAAGCUUUACGCGUGGGAGACCCAUUUCAAGAGGGUCAUAGAGAGCCUGAGGAAGUUGGAGGAGGGCUGGCUGUUCAAGUUUCAGCUUCGGAAGACGUACAACACCUUCCUCUUCUGGUCCUCCCCCGUCCUGGUCUCCGCGGCGACCUUCACAACCUGCUAUCUCCUUCAUCUUCCUCUCCGAGCCAGCAACGUCUUCACCUUCGUCGCCACCCUGAGGAUCGUUCAAGAACCCGUCAGGGCGAUCCCCGACGUCAUGGGCGUCGUGAUUCAGGCGCAGGUUGCGUUGUCUCGUGUGGAAAGGUUCCUGGAUGCCCCCGAGCUGCAGAGCGGGCUUGUCAGUAAGAGUGCAGAGGAUUCAAAAGACCCAGUCGUCAUCAAGUCUGCUAGCUUCUCAUGGGAUAUGAACCUGCAGAAACCCACUUUGAGGAACGUGAGUCUGGAGGUCAAACACGGCGAAAAGGUGGCGAUUUGCGGCGAGGUUGGCUCCGGAAAGUCUACCCUUCUCGCGGCCAUCCUCGGAGAGAUUCCCCACACAGAAGGCUCGGUAUAAUCUGAUGGCGACUCCAUCGCAUGUUUUCCUUUCUGCAACGAACGUCAGGGUUGACUUUGUUCCUUUGCUUGCGAUCUGCAGGUUCAGGUCGGGGGAAAGAUCGCGUAUGUCUCUCAGGCAGCUUGGAUUCAGACGGGGACCAUACGAGAUAACAUCCUCUUCGGGUCCGCCAUGAACGAGCGAAGGUUCCAAGAAACUCUAGAGAGGUGCUCCCUGGUGAAGGACCUCGAGGUGCUCCCCUUCGGUGACCUCACUGAGAUAGGAGAGAGAGGGGUAAACCUAAGUGGUGGACAGAAGCAACGGAUUCAGCUUGCUCGAGCCCUCUAUCAAGACGCAGACGUUUACCUCCUGGAUGAUCCAUUCAGCGCAGUUGAUGCUCAUACGGCGACCAGCCUCUUCAAUGUACCGGACGUCCCCAUCUGCGAUCGACCCUCCAUUUCUUCCCACAUUAUUCUGAACUUUUGGUUAUCUUCUGAGCAGGAAUAUGUCAUGGGUGGGCUGUCCGGGAAGACCGUCCUGCUAGUAACUCACCAAGUUGACUUCCUACCGGCGUUUGACUCUAUCCUGGUCAGUCAGAGCAACUACUUCCUAGCGCCGGAGGAGAUUCUUCAUUAAAACUCCUUUUGAUUCUUGAUCCAGCUGAUGUCAGAUGGUGGGAUUCUGCGGGCUGCCUCCUAUGCUGAUUUGUUAACCUCCAGCAAGGAAUUUCGAGAUCUCGUGGACGCCCAUAAGGAAACUGUAGCUCCUGAGAAGCUUGACGGCCUCAAACCCCCGGGAAGAACGAAAUCCUCUUCACGGGAGAUCGACGACGCCCAUCCGGAGAAACAGCAGAAGACACCGCUGGGAUCAGUGGGGGAUCAGCUGAUCAAGAAGGAAGAGAGGGAAAGAGGGGAUACGGGCUUAAAACCCUACUUGCUGUACCUGGGUCAGAACAAGGGUUUCUUCAACUUUGCCUUGGCGGGCCUCAUGCAAUUGUCGUUCGUAGUCGGGCAGAUCCUGCAGAACACAUGGAUGGCAGCCAACGUACAGAACCCUGCAGUCAGCAAUCUGAGACUCAUUACUGUUUAUCUGUUGGUCGGGAUCCUCACGACGGUCUUCCUCUUCUUCAGAUCGAUGUUCACGGUUUUUCUGGGCCUAGAGUCCUCAAAAUCUCUGUUUUCUCAGCUGCUCACCUCCCUUUUCCGCGCUCCCAUGUCGUUCUUCGACUCCACACCGGCGGGGAGGAUUCUGAGUCGGGUAAGAACGCCCCCCAGAAAACCGUUUUCUGGACACUAAUGAACUCCUCACUCAUCUCAGUUUCUUCUUCGAUCCAUAUUUAGGUAUCCUCUGACCUCAGCAUUACCGAUCUCGAUGUGCCAUUUAGUCUCAUGUUCAGCCUCAGUGCGACCCUGAAUGCAUACAGCCAACUUGGAGUCCUGGCCGUCAUCACCUGGCAAGUCCUCUUUGUCUCAGUGCCGAUGUUCUACCUGACCCUCCGCUUACAGGUACCAUUGUGACCUGUAAUUCUGCGUCAGAUGAUGUCUACAUUUUUUUCCCCAAAAGAAAUUAAUCGAAGAUCAUCUCUCUGCUUGCUCAGAAGUAUUACUUGACCUCUGCAAAGGAGCUGAUGCGGCUGAAUGGAACCACCAAGUCUCUGAUGGCGAAUCAUCUGGCUGAAUCCCUAUCUGGAGCCAUGACCAUCAGAGCUUUUGAUAAGGAAGAUCGGUUUGUCGCGAGAGGAAUGGAGCUCAUCGACAAGAACGCCAGCCCUUUUUUCCUCAACUUUGCAGCAAGCGAGUGGCUGAUCCAGCGUGUAGAGACCAUGAGCGCCGCUGUUAUAUCCUCCUCAGCCCUCGUCAUGAUGGUGCUUCCCAAAGGAACCUUCAGCUCCGGUAAAUUGCGCUUGGUAUUCUCUGCCUGUGUGAUCAGAGGAUCGUCGUUAACAAAAAUAAUAAAUAAAUAAAUGCUUUUUACUAGCUUGUUCAGUAAGACGAUAUCUUUCACCCGUCAUUGUGGCAGGAUUCAUUGGGAUGGCGCUCUCCUAUGGGCUCUCACUGAACAAUUCCCUGGUUUUCUCCAUCCAAAACCAGUGCACGCUAGCAAAUAUUAUAGUCUCAGUAGAAAGGUUGAAUCAGUACAUGCACAUUGCUAGUGAGGCUCCAGAGGUUCUAGAAAGCAACCGGCCUAAUGCAGAUUGGCCUGAAACUGGUAGAGUCGAACUCCAAGAUCUCAAGGUAAAUGUCAAUCUCAAAUCUAAAUGAAUAACCUGAGUUUGCUUUGAAGAGAUCACCAUACUGACCAGAGGGCUCAAAGCAGAUCAGAUAUAGGCCGGAUGCUCCCCUAGUGCUCCGGGGAAUCAGCUGCACAAUUGAAGGAGGGCACAAGAUUGGGAUCGUCGGGCGGACUGGGAGCGGGAAGUCAACUCUGAUCAGUGCACUGUUUCGGCUGGUCGAGCCAGCUGGGGGCACGAUCAUCGUUGACGGCCUUGACAUCACCACCAUAGGGCUCCAUGAUUUAAGGUCCCGCUUCGCAAUCAUACCACAGGAUCCAACGCUCUUCCAAGGGUCUGUCAGAUACAACCUGGAUCCUCUGUCACAGCACACAGAUCAAGAAAUAUGGGAGGUACGAACGAAAUAUUGAUCUGGACUUAAUGCACAUCUAGAUCGUUUUGUAUGAGCUUUGGUGAUUUUUCUGCUAAUCUCCCAGAUUCUAGACAAGUGCCACCUUCAAGAGGCUGUCCAAGAGAAAGAACAGGGCCUCGAUUCACCAGGUAAUUUUAAGAUACAAUGGAUUCAUCUCUCACCUUAAUAUUUUUUUUCUUCUCAUCAUUUGGUCUUGGCAGUUGUUGAAGAUGGGUCGAAUUGGAGCAUGGGGCAGCGGCAAUUGUUCUGCCUGGGACGGGCGUUGCUGAGGAGAACCAGGAUACUGGUUCUUGAUGAGGCCACAGCAUCCAUUGACAACGCCACUGAUGCCAUCCUUCAAAAGACCAUCAGAACCGAAUUCGCUGCCUCUACGGUCAUUACUGUAGCUCAUAGAAUACCUACUGUCAUGGACUGCACAAGGGUACUCACAAUUAGCGGCGGUGAGCUCAUGUCGGAAAUAUUUUAUUAUGUUUCCUUACACAAUCGAUCGAGAUUCGCAUGGCCUGAUGGUUUCUUCAGUGAGGCCCAACGGGUCAAUGACAAAUGGUUUAUAAGCGGAAGGAAAUUACCUGAAUAAGAUCUCCCUGUUUUCUUUCUAGGAGAAAUGGUGGAGUACGACAACCCAGCAGAGCUGAUGGUGAAAGCAGGAUCCCAUUUCGGCGAGCUUGUCAAAGAGUAUUGGUCUCGUACUACGAAUGCGAGUAACCUGACCUUGGAUUCCCCCUAG